UUUCUUUUCUUUUCUUUUUUUUUUUUUUUUUUUUUACUUUUACUUUGAUCUUCCUUCUUUUAUUCUAUAUCCCUCCGUGCCUUUCCUUCAGGAGCGGGCUAGUCCUCGUGACUUGAAGCCUAUCUCAACAAAAACUUUUGGUCUGCCCAUCACGGACGGAUUGGAUUGUAUCAGGAAAAACUCACUUGGGUGUGGGCGAAUGUCGCCUCUAUGAUCGCUUUUGAUCCUAUCUUCUCUCUCUCUUUGUUGAUCCGCCCUUCUCUUCUUCGCUCAUUGCUUUUUGUCAAGUACCGUACCGUCUUUCGUCGCUCUCGCGCAGUCUGAGGAUGCCCACCGUCUUACUGCCCUCGUCGGCCGCCGCCUUUGCCCCGCGGUCGUCGCCAAACGUGGUGCUCAACUCCCGCAUCGAACCGUGGCUCACGGCCACUUUGAAGCGGGUCAACCGAGUCAAACGUCCGCUAAACAAUGUCACACAACAUACCAGAUGUCUGACCGAGACGCUGUCGUCGCCCAACGCGAUCUGGACCUUGUGCUCGAUGAUGUUCCCCAAGGCGCCCGACGCCGAACUGCGCAAGGACGACAACCCGCUGGUGGAGGGUCUCUUCAACUAUCAGAUGACUCACAUCGAGGCGUACGUCGUCCAUGUGGAUAUGGUGUCGCAGAAUGAGGUCGCCUUCAAGCUCACCCCCGAAACCAUCGAGGCGCUGGUCGAUUAUCACAAGGACGUCUAUUCGGUCGAUACCGCGGCCAAUACCUGGGACUGGCCCGACAAGACCAGCCAGCUGAAGAAGCUGCAGGAGGAAUUCGUCCAGGCGGCCAACAAGUUCGUCUAUCGCACCAAUGUUCUCGCCCUGGAAGGGCUGGAGGAAGAUGGGGCGGGGGAACUGCUGGCCGGCCGCAGCGAGGAAGCCAAAGCGGCCAUCUCCAACCUAUUCGUUCCGUUGCAGCCACCCCCUCCGCGCGUUGUCGAUGUGCUCCGAUCGGUACCGUUCUUGCCCAGCUCCACGGGUCCGGGACCCUGGUGGCAGGAUACGAUGCAUCAGCCGCUUCCGAUGGAGUCCUGGAAGAUCUUGCCGUCCAGCCCCGCCACGACCACGACCGGGGAGGUGAAUCCAGGUCUCUGGACUCACAUGGGCGGCCUGGUGGAAGAGACACAUCUGACCUCCCCGCCCGCGUCGACCUUCAGUCCGCCGUAUACGACAGCACCGCCGUACAGCACGGCGCAAUAUUACGGGGUCACCGCGAGUACGGCUGCUCUGGCAGCUCUGCCGCUCCCCAGCAUGCUUUGCAGCACGGCGGCCAACAUGUCAGGGCUGGGAUGGGGGGAUCGAUACCAGGAUUUUUCAUCGCUGUCGCUUCCCUACGGGACAAUAAUGUAAACGAGUCCAUGGAACCAGACACUUGAUGUUAACGGUCUCCCUGACGUGGCGUGUCUUUUUUGGAAACAGAUCCCAGGGUCCGACCCGACAGCCCGGAUAUUCCCGCUCGCCCAUGCCACC